ACUGCCGCCACUGUUCUAACUUUCUGGCUCUAUAGUGACAUCUUUAGUAUACUUUUAAUACAUGCGAAUUUUUGCUAAAAUAACAUAUUGUAUUUUAUGACUGAAGGUAGAUUCGUUCACGUACUGUCAACUGCAUGUAAUAUAAAAAAAUAUAAAUAUAAUAGUUUAUGCAUUUUUUGGAUAAAAAAAGCUACCCUGAGAGAAACUCUAUACAUAAGAUUAAAUUAGUGAGAUAAAACAUACACAUAAUAUGUAAAGUAUGGAGAUUGAGAAGCAAAUCAAGGAAUUAAACAACAUAAUAUCAAGACAAUCUUCUACCACAUCUGGAAAAGAUGAUAUAAAUGGUCUAGCCAUAUUUGAACAUUUUAUUCCUUAUGAACUAUUGUCAAGAAUCUUUUGUUAUUUAAAUUCCAACGAAUUGGUUGUAUGUCACUUAGUUUGUAAAAGAUGGAAUGAACUCAUCAAAGAGUAUGUGUGGAGAAAAAAAGCAGAAUUAAUAUCUGGUCAAACAUUCCCAUUCGAUGAAAAAAUAAAUUGGGUUUCAUAUUAUCUGUUAUGUGCAAAAAAUGCUUUUAACAGAAAUCUUUUACUGUCUGAUAAAGUGGUUGCAAGAGAUGAUAAUGAGUGUGACCAUGGUGCAUUUGAAACAAUUGAGUUUGACAAAAAUGAAAAUCCACCACCAAUAAAUGUCAUGCCAUUUCCUGAAGAUCUUGUAGUGAAUGAUCAAAUUCGUUGCAGUAUUUCGUCUCCCCUAUCUUUUUCAGGAGCAAAAAAAAGCUUUCGUAUCCAUUUAUUAAAAGAAGGUUUAACAGAAAAGAUAUUAAACAACAUACAGCCUAUUAUUAAGGUAAGUGUGUGGUUCUGUUGCAAGUUGGAUGGGAAAGAGGCUGAUUUCUCCUGUUAUACAAGAUUGCUUGGAAGACCGUAUCCAGAAGAUCCAGAUGCUUCCGCAUUUGUUAUGCGUUCUGCUCAAUUUAAUAAAAGAUUGAACAAUGUGGACCAAAAAGGAAAAUGGUUUCAAAUCAUUACUUUUUCUAGUGCACUUUUGAAUUCAAAAACUAUGGCAAAGGAUUAAGGAGAAUCAAAUUUUAUCAAGAAGCAUCUGGUGAAGUUAUAGUUGGAGGUGCUAGUAUUAGAUUGGUUGUGCCUGAUCUUGAUGAAAAUUUUGAUAAAACUAAUUGUUAAGUGACAAUAUAUAAAAUGCGAUACUUGCAUGUUUAUUCACAAUGAGAUUUAUAUACUUUACGUUUUUAAUUUUUAUAUAAUAUACUAAAAUAAUGUUUGUAUUGUUUCAAAUAAAAGUCCCAUUUUGAUGGGAUAAUAUUUCUAUAAAAAUUUAAUUCGCACUGUUUACCUCAAAAACCUAUAAAAUCGUUUAAAUAUUCAGUCAUUAUAGCAGAUAACCGUUUCAAAAUACGAAUCUUUCCGGCAACCAAUCGUGCACGACAAUCUAAAAACGAUUUCGUCCUACUUAUAAAGUCCUAAUCGGACUGUAGCUACCUCCUAUAAAAUAAAGCCAAGUCAGCAGGCUAAACAGUUUUCAUGAAUUAACAAACAACGGGCAUGAUAGUGAAUCGAUGAACAGCUGCAAACAUCGUUACUUUCGCGGACGUCUUUACACAUUGAUCGAUCCAUCGUACAAUAUAUACCUUAUAUCUCUUAUAUACAGGUGUAAAUGCACACGAGCAAAUUAAGGCACGACGGAUUUCAAAAGCUUUUGUUCUUUUUUUUGUUUUUUAUGUAACGCCAGUCAACUAGCACACACACAUACACCCACAAUCAUAUAUGUAUACAUAUGAUCCAUUCGAUUACGCAAUACUCGCGUGUUAUCACUCAGACUCUGCCGGCGUUUUUUGGUAUCGGUGCAUAUCUCGGCACUCGGCAGUCGUUGCAGCAUUUUUCCAGUGUAGCGGAUUCGAUCGACGUUAUUCGUGGUCACGCACAUACGUAUAUACGCUGCAAAACAAAUGAGUCGACUGGUAGCUCGCGCCAUUACCUCCUUGGGACGCUCGGCGAUCACUUGCAAUUCCGCCAGAAGCUUUCACGCUACUUCGCUAAACAUGGUUAUCGCUGUAGGAGACAAGGUUCCCUCAGUGGAUUUGUAUGAAGAUACUCCAGCCAAUAAAGUCAACUUGGCUCAACUUUCUCAAGGAAAGAAAAUCAUAGUAUUUGCUGUUCCUGGUGCCUUUACACCUGGCUGCUCAAAGACUCAUCUACCUGGAUAUGUUCAAAAAGCGGAUGAGCUGAAAGCCAAGGGCUACAGCGAAAUUAUCUGCAUUGGAGUGAACGAUCCAUUUGUGAUGGCUGCAUGGGGAAAGGAUCAAAAUACUCAAGGAAAGGUUCGUAUGUUAGCUGAUCCUGCUGGAGCAUUUACAGAUGCUGUAGAUCUUUCGGUAGAUUUGGCUGUACUAGGAGGAAAGCGCAGUAAGCGUUAUUCCAUGAUUAUUGAAGAUGGAACAGUUAAAGAGUUGAAUGUUGAGCCUGAUAACACUGGACUCAGCUGUUCACUAGCAGACAAAAUUAAAUAAAUUAACUCAUUGAAGAUACUUUGUUUGAGUUUAAAGUUAUUUCAUCGGAUUAACUACUCUUAUAAAAAUGAAUAUAAAUCACUUGUUAAUUCAGAGUAGUUAAACUUAUAUCACAACCAGUGUUCAAUCAUUCAAAAUGAAUGCCUAUUUUGAAUACAUACAAAAAUAUCAAAUGUACAUUAUUAUUUUAUAAAAUAUGCAGCGUUUUAUUUGGAAACUUGCGUGAAGCAACAAAAGCACACAAUAAUAUGUAUAUUUUAAAUCUCAUGUAUCAUGUUACAAAAAUCACCUACUCUGCAAAUAAAACUAGUUUCUAUUCAA